ACGUGAGAGUUUUUUUAAAUUAACAGAAGUAAUCGUAAAAAGAGAUAUACAUGAAUAACUGAGUGUAGUAAAAGUUAACUUUGUGAAAUGUGUAUAAGUACCUACUGUGUUGUAGGUACACUUGUAAUUUUUGGAUUAAACGUAUAUUUAUUGUUAAAAUCAGUUCUUUUAAGAUUUUUUAGUAAAUUUUACAAGAUAAAUACGAAUAAAAUAAAUCAUCAACUUGUAAACUUUUGACAUUUUAUAAUACUUAAAAUGCCGUAAGACAGGAAGAUUACAAUGCUUAUGUUACUAUAUAGUGUUUAUAAUUUUGUACAAUUUGUGAAUCUCUGAAGAAUUUUCAAAAUUGCAUCAAUCAAGUGUGUCAUUAUACUUCACGGUAUAUUAACUACCAGCAAUAAAUCAUUAUAACUAUUCUAUUUUUUUUUUUAUUUGUUUGUUGAUAAAUUGUUGCUGGAAACGACCAGGUACUACUUAGUUUUAAAUAACUUUGGGUUCCAACUAGAACUUUUCAAAAGUUCAUCUGUUGUUUCGGUUAUAGUAUCUAUAUGUGUUUAAAUUUUAUUUCUGACGUCUGUUAUGGAUACUUUUAUUUGUGUGUUGAUGAUGGUAAUAUAUUUAUCAAAACAUCGAUUUAAUUUAGUAGAGUAAAUUUUACUAUUAGUAAAUUCCGAGUCUUGUAAAAAAUCAACUUUCUAGCCAGUAAGGCUAAUAUUGAUUUUGGAUAUUAUAACUUAUUCAACCAGUGUAUCAAUAUUUUGAUCUGAUCAAAAGAAUUCAAUAAUUUAAAAAGUUGAAAUUCUUUUUUAUUAACCAAUUCGUUAAACGCCGUUCUUUGGAAUAUUAGUCAUAACUAUUAUUUUGAUUUGGCUCAUAUGAAUCUUGCUAAGGUAUUAGUCACGUGACUGAAGACCUCUACGACUUUUACUUUUUUAUAUUUAAAAGAAAAAAGAAAGUGAAGUUUGGAUGUAUAUAAUCUUUGGGUUGGAACGUACACUUUUGAGCUCAAACAUGUUCAUUAACAUGUCAUAGGUUGAUAUAAGUCAACACAAUAUUUCCCUGAAAAUGUACAUUUUAUUUACUGGUAUAUUUAACUAGUUCUUCGUACGAUAAUUUCUAUUGAAAUGGACAACAUAUCUCAACAAUCUGAUGAAAUAGAAGCCCUUAAGUCUAUAUAUGGGGAAGAGUGGAGGUCUGAAACCGUUCCUGGUACAUAUAGUAUAGAUAUUAGCAAAGAUGUAAGACUUUAUAUUACUCUAGUUCCCGAAUAUCCAUCAAGUUCUUUGCCAAAAUAUGAAUUGUUAGCACCUAAUUUAACGUUUAAUCAGAAGAAAUGUAUUCAACAAAAAUUUCAUAAUUUAUAUGAAUCUGAAGGUGGUGGUCCACUAAUUUAUCAAAUGAUAAUGAUUACUGAGGAUGUAGUGAAGAAAUCGGAUUCAAAAAAUAUUCCAUCUUCUACAACUAAACCAUGUGUAGAAGAGGGUUUAGUUAUUAACAAUUCGAAAAAUUAUUCUCAUUUAAAAGUAACUCACGGACCAACUGUUAUUGAUAGAAAAAGUGUAUUUCAAGGACAUGUUUGUGAAGUUAAAUGUAAAGAAGAUGUUAGUGGAUUCAUGGAAUUACUUUUGGAGAAUAGAAAAAUAGCUCAAGCUACUCACAACAUUUCCGCAUACAGGAUUUUGCAGUCUAAUAAUGUAGUAAUGCAGGAUUGCGAUGAUGAUGGAGAAAAUAAAGCAUCUUCAAGGCUCUUGGACCUUCUACAAACUCUAAAAUUAAAUAAUGUUAUGGUCGUAGUUUCAAGAUGGUAUGGGGGUAUUCAAUUGGGACCGGAUAGAUUUCGACACAUUAACAAUGCCGCAAGACAAGCCCUUGUAGAAGCAGGAUUUGUAAAGACUUGACUUUUUGUAUACCAUUAAAUGUAUAUAAUUAAAUAAAAAAAAUGGUUUUCGAUA